GCGCCGCCUGGCCCAGCCUCGCUCCCCAGCGGCGUGAGGAGGCUCUCCGCAGGGCUCGGCCGGCCCGCAGUCCGGGCGGAGGAGCGGGGGAGGCGGCCCGGCCGGGUCCUGCGGAGCAGAGGCGGCCCGUCGAGGUGCGGGGGCCGCUCCAGGGCGCGGCUGCUGCCCCCCGCCGUCCUGGGCACCCGUGCCGCCCCUGUGGGAGCCCGCUGGAGGGUUUUGCGGGACCCGAUGCCCCGGUUGCUUAGCUGCGCUCGGAGAUCACGAGCGGCUUUGGUCUGCGCUUGUUGGUUUGUUUAUCUAUCUAUGUGUUAGGUUUAUGUCCGUGUGUCGAUGUGGUUGGCGUGUGCCUUACUUUCUGUCCGUAACGAAGAGAAGCUUUUCCCCUACAGAAAACUCGGCAACAGCGAAGAGAAUGUUAAUCAAACUGUUAGUGCUGGAGCGUGUCCAGAGCAGGGCAGGGUCUAGAGCCCAAGUCUCCUGAGGAGCAGCUGAGGGAACAGGGGUUGUUUGGCCUGGAGGGAAGGAGGCUGAGGGGAGACCUUAGACCUCUCUGCAGCUCCCUGAAAGGAGGUUGCAGUGAGGCGGGUGUUGGUCUCUUCUGCCCAGUCACAAGAGAUAGGACAAGAGGAAAUGGUCUCAACUUGCACCAGGGGAGAGUUAGGUUGGCUAUUAGGAAUAACUUCUUUAGUGAAAGAAGUCCAGGCAGUCAAGAUCUGUGUUCCUGUUCUCAGUAUUGCUCAUGCAGGUAUGACAGGACUGCAUUCUACCUGGAGCUGCCCUGCACUGCUGCGAUCAAAUCAGCAGUUUUGCCUCAGUUGCUCCAUUGCUGUCUCCAAUGUCAGCAGUACUAGCUCAGACACUCGGCUUGCAUAGAAGGGCUAGUUAGCAGGAUCUAAAAACACUUCCUUCUUCAUUUGCCCUGGGAAUAUUUCUUUCUGGGCAACAAGCUGUUGAGAAAUAAUUUCAGAUUCUCACUGAAGACUAUAUGGGAAGUCUCCAGUUUUAACUGCAAAGUAACAAAGAAACAUAACAUACUUUCCAGUGCAUUUUUGUCAGUAUAUCAAUAAAACUUCAUCAUUCAGCUACUUGAUACGUGUGACUGUGUAAUACAAAGACAAAUUUAUCCAAGAGCUUCCUCUCCCCUGCAGUGGGAUCUGGUUCUGAUCCUCUCCGAAUGUCUCUGAUUUUUGUGACUUUCUGAGGGUACUACUGUUCCAUGAGGACUUGCUUCCAAGUAAGUGGUGCUUUUAAAGGGGGAGCAGGAUGGGAGGUUUGCACGUGUGAAGAUAUGGUUGUCUUUUGACAUCCAGGUUAACACGAUGACCUUAUGCAAGCAGGCACAGAAAGCAGUCAGAAAGCAAGCCUUCACAGUACUUGUGCUCCUUUUCCCUUCUUUCACUGUGUGUUUAUCUUUGUGCUUGCAUCCUCACCCACAGGCAGAGCUGGGCCUUAAUGAGCACCACCAGAAUGAAGUGGUCAGCUACAUGCGCUUUGCUCGUUUCAAGCGUGGCCUGUGUCUCAAAACAGUGGAUUCUUGUUUUCAGGACCUUAAGGACAGCAGGCUCGUUGAGGAGACCUUCACAGUUGAUGAGGUGACAGACAUGCUGGAUGGACUGCGGACCAUUGUGCACAGCGAAGUGGAGUCGGAGUUCAUCAACACAGCUUACACCAACGUGCUGCUUCUGCGGCAGCUCUUUUCACAGGCUGAGAAAUGGUACCUCAAGUUACAGACGGACAUCUCCGAGCUGGAGAAUCGAGAACUGUUGGAACAAGUUGCUGAAUUUGAAAAGUCAGAAUUUACAUCUUCAAACAAGAAGCCCAGUACAGAUCUCAUGAAACCAAAACUGGCUCCGUUAAAUGAAGGUGGGUCAGAGCUGCUAACCAAGACAGUUGCCUGUCUCCAAGAAGAGAAUGAGAAAUUGAAGGUCAGACUCAAGACCAUAGAAACACAGGCUACAGCUGCCCUAGAUGAAAAGUCCAAACUAGAGAAGUCACUGAGGGAUUUACAGAUGAUCCAAGGAGAUCAAAAGGCUGAUACAAACCAGGAUAUCACUGAGCUGGAGAAUAAAGUGGCAGCUUUGAAAUCCCAGUUUGAGAAGACUCUGAAUGACUCUACUGCAAACCAGAAAUUCUUGGAAGAGAACUUGAUGACAACAAAGCAUGACUUGCUUAGGGUUCAGGAUCAGCUGUCCACAGCUGAAAAGGAAUUGGAGAAGAAAUUUCAGCAAACAGCUGCCUAUCGCAACAUGAAGGAGAUUCUCACUAAGAAGAAUGAACAGAUAAAGGAUCUACGUAAGAAGCUUUCCAAAUACGAGCCAGAGGACUAAAACACCAAGAAUAUCUGAUCUAUCAGAGGCUGCCGUAGACAAAAAAAUGUAGACUGGUACUAUUUUUUGAAAAUCUUUGUUUUGAAUAGUAUAAUUUUUGCUUCUAGUGCUUAAACUUUUUAUAAAUACUGAUAAGAUGCUGAAACUCCUGUCUACUCCUUAUAAACCUACAAUUUAUAGUUAUUCAUUACUGUAGUCAUGUCUUUAGUUGUUAACCAUUGACAUUCCUUCAGAAAUAUCAAGCAAGCUUAUUGAAGACCUUAAACCAUUCUCUACAAAUAAAGGAGUUUAUUUUUGUAAAGAAAAAGAAAAAAGGAAAAAAUAAACAUUAGAGGUUUUUUUUUUGAUGUCUUUGAAGUGGAAACUCCCAUUGUUACUUUUGUAUAGUUAAUGUAGCCAUGGAAUGGCAUUGUAUGUGGAACUUGCAUCGGUAGUAGGAAAAAGUAGGAGGAAAAAAAAUAAACAUGCAGGUUCUGAAAUAUUAUUUGACACUGGACAUCUCAUACCUCAGCAAAACGUGGUCUGUAACAUUUUGCUUGAGGGUGUUCAUUAGAUAGUGAGGUAAAUAUGCUUUUAGCAGAAAUGUUGGACCCUUUCAAAUAAAGCCACCAAUCAGAGUUAUACUUUUUCACUUGAAUUUGUUUAUAACAAAUUUGAACACCAGAAUACAGUACUUGCCAGUACUCUUAGCUUCAAGAUUAUAAUCUCUAAAAGCAUAGGAAAGUUGCUAAUGGAGCAGCUUUCUUGAGAAGUAAGUUAUUUUUAGAUAUUUUCAUCUUUCCCUAUUGUAACCUCACCAGAGACCCGCUUCCUUCUCCCAACUCUUGCUUGUGCUCCUUUGCCUUGUGUUUAUCUGGAAGCCUCUUACUACUGUAUUCUACUUUUUCGUCUGUCCCUGUUUGUGUGUAUGUUGUGUUUAUUUCAAAUAAACCAUUCUGUUUUCAAACA